AUGUUUGUGCACUUUUACGGGGCAAUUUUUGUUGUUUUUGUUCUGUCGGUCCUCUGCGAAGUACCCGUUGGGAACGCAGCCCCUUCAGAGAUACAGGAUAAGUACCCCUGUCCUGUUUGUAAACUUUUGAAAAAGAUUUCGCAGCAAAACGAAAAUAUCGAGAAAAAGAUCGAUUUGCUUCUUGAAGAGGGCGAUAACUGUUCACGAGGUAGGGACCUUUCAGCCAGCACUCUGCACCCUAGUUCUCUCAUGAUUUAAGCGGUAGAUCAAUUUUGGAGAAACAGCUGACUAGAGAGUUUUCCCCGUAAACCAUCUUAGCAAGUUUGUUCCACUGAUUUUCUGACUACAGCCCACAGAUGCUGAAUCAUCUUCCAAACCAACCAAAUCCCAAUUUGGACCAGUAAUUGGUAUUAGAUAGCUAGCUUUAAUAAGAUUCUUUAAUCCUUUUUUAAAGUAACAGACUGUGCUGAUAUCUACAAGUGCGGUCAUGAAACCAGCGAUGUGUACACGAUCCACCCACACGAUCAAAAGCCCUUCGAUGUUUUCUGUGACCAGACCACUGAUGGCGGAGGCUGGACAGUGUUUCAGAAGAGACUGGACGGCUCCGUUGAUUUCUACCGCGGGUGGAAUGACUAUCAGGUGGGGUUUGGGAACCUGCAGGGCGAGUUUUGGCUGGGACUUGACAAGUUACACGGUCUGACUAUUAACAACAAGAAGCGAUACGAACUGCGCGUGGAUUUGGAGGAUACCUCAGGCAACCAAGUUUAUGCUGCGUAUGAUUACUUUGCUGUGUCAAGUGGAAAUUCCAAUUAUCAACUGAGCCUUGGAAAAUACCAUGGUAAAAACCUAUUGUCAUUUACUGCAAAUACAUAUUUUCAUUCAUUAUUCAGUAUUUUACCGUAAAGGGUGUAGUUGCUUAAGUAUAGGAAAAGGUAUACCAUUGUUUAGCGCCUCGGGCAGAGUGUUUUUUGAACCAAAACCUUUGAAGAGGGUGAGCGAUUCGGAGAUGCGCUAUUAACAAGUGUGGUAGCGAUUUCUCAAAAUUGUAAACAGUUUUUCUGUGUAACUUCGUCGUGGCACAACGUGGUCGAUGCCCACCUCUCAUUUUUUUUUUUUGUUUUAAACAGGGUCAUGGUUUUAAGGGCUCGACAGCAUACGCUACAAAAACCUUCUUGGGGGGUGGGGUAGUAAGAUAAGUUCCAUCCUCUCUCUUGCUAUAAGAACUUGAUCUUAAUAAUCCUAACGAGCUUGUAAACUAUCGAUCGAACGUAACUCAGGUCCAGAAUCUUUUUUCAUUUGUAGGAACUGCUGGUGAUUCGCUGUCCGGUCACAAAAGUUUGUCGUUCGCCACAAAGGACAACGACAAUGAUCUUUACAGCAGUAACUGUGCCGUUUCGUUCCAUGGCGCUUGGUGGUACGGGAAUUGUCACUCUUCCAAUUUGAACGGCGCUUACCAUCAUGGCGCCCAUGCCUCCUACGCUGACGGGGUAAACUGGCACACCUGGAAGGGGUACCAUUACUCCGCGAAAAGGGCUGAGAUGAAAAUUCGGCCCGAUGAUUGGACCCCAUUGUAGACCCUGGAUACAAAAGCUCUUUGUUUCUGGUACGUUUUCGUACUUAUGACAAAAUUGCAGCAAUCUGUCCACUUGAUUAUAACGAUUAUUGAUGGUGUCUUAUGUUUUAAAGAAAAAUGCAUUUGUGGGCGUGUAAUCAUUCUUCGCUAUUUUUUUUGCCACUGAGGCAAUAGUUUUAUAUUUGAAUUUCGCAUAGAGGAGAUUAUAUACCUCGCUUUAACCCAGCCAGAGAAAGAGGGAGUGUUUCAAAGAUGAAAUAACAAUAAUGAUAAUAACAAUAAUACUAAUGAUGAUGAUGGUGAUAAUAAUAAUAAUAAUGAUGAAAACCAUAUACUCCUUAUACUCUUUCCAGCUACAAGUGCACAUCCGAACAGAAACCUUUCACACGCCUUUCUUUUGCAGGUCCUCAGAUGUUUGAAGUUCAAGUAGUCCGUUUUUUCAAUGUAUUUACCAUUUGCUUGUUGUUGUUGAAAAGAGCCAUACAUCUCUAGGUGCAGGACUCUUUUAAGCUUUACGAAAAAGUAGAUGAACUUUGUGUGAUUAGUAUGAAUAGACUGUAAUAAGGCCAGAAAAUAAAGUGGCUCGAUACCAC